AUGAUCACAAGAAAUGUUACUGGACAAAUUGGGAUCCAUAUGAGUCACAGAUUUGGACUUCACUUCUCUAUAUUGAGAAAUAUUGGCCCCAGAUUAGUCUGUAAUUCCAGAUUCUAUAGUGGAAGAUCACCAUUUCCAAUAAACCAUAAGGAACAUCAGGAAAAGAAAAGACAAGAGGAGCUCCCUAAAUGGAGGCAGUGGGCAAAUUAUGUUAAAACGAAUGAGUUCAAGAGAAGCAUGACUGUUUAUUAUUUGUGUGGAUUUGGAGUAAUGUUGGUUACGUUUUAUUAUUACAUGCGUGAUAGAUAUUAUGAGGAUAAGCAAAUGAGACAUAUAAGGCAAAAGUAUCAAGAUGAUCCCUCAUCCUUAUCUGAGUAUGAGUAUUUGAAAUUGAAAGCUUUUAGUAGCGACAAACUCAAACCGUCGGAAGAUAAGAAAUUCAAGCUUUAUCAAAUGAUGAGAAAAGAAUUUAGAAGGAAGAACAUACUUAAUAUCGAUGUAAUGUUUGAGCCAACUCCCCAAGAUUUAGAAGAUUGGUACAGCAAGCAAGCUAAGAGAGUCGUAAAGAAGGCUCCUGUUGGUGAAGAUUCUGGCGCUAGUGAAGACAAAUCUGCCGUUUCGAAUUCCGAGAACCCUUAUAUCAUGGCUCCUGAAGAAACAACAGCAUUUUUUGAUAAGAAAGCGGCGGAAUACGAUGAUGAAAUCAAGUGGGAAGAGAGGGGUAUGUUCUUGGGCCGUAGAAGAAAAUGGCUUAUGCAGCAAUUGAAAGGCGAUGUCUUGGAAGUCGCAUGUGGCACUGGAAGGAAUUUGCCUUAUUUAAACCCUGAUGGAAUUGAUUCUAUUACGUUCUUAGAUUCUUCUGAAAAUAUGGUUAAAAUUACACAGAAGAAGUUCCGGGAGAAAUACCCUAAAUAUGAUAAGGCUGCCUUCACAGUAGGAAAGGCUGAGGAUUUGGUAGAUCUUGCAAACUCAAAAGUUAAAUAUGACACCAUAGUUGAGGCAUUUGGCCUUUGCGCCCAUGAAGACCCCGUAAAGGCUCUUGAAAGUAUGUCUCAGCUCUUGAAACCUGGAGGGAGAAUUGUAUUACUUGAACACGGAAGAAGCACUUACGAUUUUAUCAAUAACCAUUUAGACUUUAGAAGCGAGAAAAGGAUGAAAACUUGGGCAUGUAGAUGGAACCUAGAUAUAGGAGAACUAAUUGAUGAAGCUGGUUUGGAUAUAACCUAUGAAAAGAGAGUUCACUUGGGCACAACAUGGUUAUUGAUAUGCAAAAGACCUCAGGAUCCUAUAAAUGUGGAUGAAAAGCCAUUUUAUAAUAAGCUAUUCGGCAAGGAUGUCGAAGUAAUAAAGAGAAAUUGA